AUGGUCAAUGUUUGUCCAAAGAAGUGUGUGUGUGAUAGUGCAAAGUCAGUGCAGUGUUUCAGGUUGCAGUCUUUUCCCACUGGAAUCACUAAAGAUGUGAGGAAACUAAACCUGGGAUACAACCACAUCAAGCAACUAAAGGGUAGAGACAUAUCUGGCCUGACAGAGCUGGAGGAAGUGAUCAUUUCAUCCUGUGGAGUGGAGGUGGUGGAGGCCAAUGCUCUCAGGGCUCAGGGGCUACUAAGAAGCCUGGAUCUACAGAAGAAUAAACUGCAUCAGAUCCCCCGUGGUCUCCCACCCAGCCUGGAGACCCUCAACGUGGGCCACAACAGGAUCACAGGCCUCCAGGAGUCUGUCUUUGAGGGGCUGAAGAAACUACGUCUGCUUGAUCUUCAGAAUAACCAGAUCACCAACCUGCGUUCCAACACCCUCUCCACCCUGGAGAAGUUGGAGUGCCUUUACCUGGAUGGAAAUCAAAUUGAGACAGUGCAAGGUGCUCUGAGACUCCCCCAACUGAAUCUGUUGAGCUUGGGGAACAACAAGAUCCCCUGUUUUCCCUCAUCCUUUUUCACACCACUACAGUCCUUGACGACACUGCGUUUACCAGGGAACCUCCUAUCAAGAGUCCCACUCGAUCUCCCUCACGCCCUGUCCUACCUGAACUUGGACAGGAACCAAAUACGAGCACUGAGAAACCGCGAGAUGGGCCAACUCCGCAACCUCACGUCUCUGUCUGCGUCCUACAAUAGGUUGGUUUCUGUGGACGGUGGCCUUCGCUUGCCCAACCUCACAGUGCUGGAACUGCCAGGAAACCACCUGAGGGUGCUGCCCAGUAGACUGAGCCCCAAACUGGAAAGACUGGACUGCAGACAGAACUCCAUCCAGGAAGUCACCUUCCAGCACCUGUCUGGAAUGAAACAGCUGAAGCAUCUCUUCCUAGAGAAUAACACAAUCUGGAACUUUGAAGCUAAUGCUCUGAGGAACAGCGUUCACAUAACCAACCUGGCUCUGGAACAGAACCUCCUCUCCUCUAUUCCAGACGGGCUUCCAGAGAGUCUGAUCCGCCUGGACUUGAAAGGGAACCGCAUCGAGGCCGUCCAGGAGCAGGAGCUGAGAUCCCUGAAGCGCCUGCAGGUGUUGAACUUGAGGAGAAACAAGCUGACCUCCCUCCCCCAGAUCACCCUGGACCUGCUUCCCCGGCUGAGGACCGUCUACCUAGACGGGAACCCCUGGAACUGCAGCUGUGAGCUCCUGGGGGUCAAGAGGACCCUGCUGGCCAGGAGGGUGGAGAUCCCUAAAGAGCUGUGUAACGAGCAUGUGAGUGCGCCGGGGGACAGCUGGAGAGCGUACCUGAUGGCCCAGGACAGAUGUGAGGAGUACUUCAUGGAAACCGCACCUGAGGACCAAGUGGAGCAGACAGACACUGAGGAGUAUUAUGACUAUGAUUCGUAG